AGCGAUCCUCCCACCUUAGCCUCCCCAGUUGCUGGGAUUGUAAGUGUGAGCCACUAUCCCUACCUCACUAUUACCUUCUUUGCUUCUCUUGUUUUCUUUUGUUCUAAGUCAAACCCAUCACAAUCUUUUCUUGUCCUUCCAGGUGUUUCCAGUGCUGUGCCCUGGAUGUGCUCUCUUUCUCUUAGAGCCCAGAGAACUUGCUUUUCCCCCUUAUAUGACCCUUAACUUUUUCUAACACAUUAUUAAGGGCCUGUGUCUAUCAGCUGGGGGCACUUCUUGAAGGGAGGGCCUUUGUGUGGUCUAUUUCUAGUGACUUCCAGCUUUGCAAGUUUUCUUUUUUGUAGAGACAAAAAAGAGUUUGCAAGUUUACAAAACUUGCAAACCCAGAGCCUCAUGAUUGCUGGGUGCCCAUAGUCUUUUUGCUGAAUGGAGGCACUCAGUCUCCUUGGGAAGACAGAAUCCAUGAUAGACCCACUUGGGAGCUCCCCACUUCAGGGGCCUGCACACUGGUAAUGCAACAGAAUGCCAAAGAGUGACCUCAUAAAGCAAGGAUUCCCUUCGUGGCCCCUUCUCUGCUGCCUCUCAGAAUCCAGAUGCUAAGGAAAAUCCCUAAGCAGAGAUUUUCUGUUGGAUGCUAAAAGCAAGGAAUAAAAGUUGAAAAUUUGGAAAAUGUCUCAACGCCGUCACCAGCGCCACUCGAGAGUCAUUUCUAGUUCACCAGUUGAUACUACAUCGGUGGGAUUUUGCCCAACAUUCAAGAAAUUUAAGAGGAACGAUGAUGAGUGUCGGGCAUUUGUGAAGAGAGUCAUAAUGAGCCAUUUCUUUAAGAUAAUUAUGAUUAGCACUGUCACAUCGAAUGCCUUUUUUAUGGCCUUGUGGACCAGUUAUGACAUAAGAUACCGCUUGUUCAGACUUCUUGAGUUCUCGGAGAUCUUCUUUGUGUCCAUCUGCACAUCUGAGUUGUUCAUGAAGGUCUAUGUGGACCCCAUCAAUUACUGGAAGAACGGCUACAACCUGCUGGAUGUGAUCAUUAUCAUCAUUAUGUUUUUGCCCUAUGCCCUCCGCCAGCUCAUGGGCAAACAGUUCAUUUACCUGUGUAUUGCUGAUGGCCUGCAGUCCCUGCGCAUCCUCAAGCUUAUUGGCUAUAGCUGGGGCAUACGGACGCUGAUCACCGCCGUGGGGCAGACAGUCUACACCGUGGCCUCUGUGCUCCUCCUGCUCUUCCUCCUCAUGUACAUCUUUGCUAUCUUGGGCUUCUGUCUGUUUGGAUCUCCAGACAACGGUGACCAUGAUAACUGGGGGAACUUGGCUGCAGCUUUUUUCACCCUCUUCAGCUUGGCCACGGUUGAUGGCUGGACAGACCUGCAGAAGCAGUUGGACAAUCGGGAAUUUGCUUUGAGCCGGGCAUUCACCAUCAUUUUCAUCUUGCUCGCCUCUUUCAUCUUCCUCAACAUGUUUGUGGGUGUGAUGAUCAUGCACACAGAGGACUCCAUCAAAAAGUUUGAGCGAGAGCUGAUGUUGGAGCGGCAGGAGGUGCUCAUGGGAGAGAAGCAGGUGAUUCUGCAGCGGCAGCAGGAGGAGAUCAGCAGGCUGAUGCACAUACAAAAAAAUGCUGACUGUAGAAGUUUCAGUGAGCUGGUGGAGAACUUUAAGAAGACCUUGCGCCACACUGACCCCAUGGUCUUGGAUGAUUUUGGCACUAGCCUACCCUUCAUUGAUAUCUACUUUUCCACUCUGGACUACCAGGACACAACUGUCCACAAGCUUCAAGAGCUGUACUAUGAGAUCGUGCAUGUGCUGAGCCUAAUGCUGGAAGACUUGCCCCAGGAGAAGCCCCAGUCCUUGGAAAAGGUGGAUGAGAAGUAGCUGGGCAUGGGGGCGCCCAUGUGCGGAGAGCCUUGCAGACUAUGACGGGUCCCUAUAAACACAGGCUUUCUGAGUUGUC